UUUACCAGGGGCCACCAUCAUUACCACAAAGAAUGAGAGGUUGAUACAUUGUAAGACUGAAGAUUGGUAACAGUGCUUAGCUGCGUCCUCCUUGAAGAACUGUGGAUUCCCUGGGAGUGUCUAGUGACCACCCGCCUUCAUUUCCACCUUCAGGACAAUCAGGUUGAGUCCUCAUUGCAUCGCCUGGUGAAAGAUGGCAUCCAGCCUGACUUGUACUGGAGUAAUCUGGGCUUUGCUCUCCUUCCUUUGUGCUGCCACCUCUUGUGUGGGCUUCUUCAUGCCUUACUGGCUCUGGGGAUCUCAGCUGGGCAAACCCGUGUCCUUUGGCACUUUCCGGAGGUGCUCCUAUCCAGUGCAUGAUGAGAGUCGGCAGAUGAUGGUGAUGGUGGAAGAAUGUGGGCGCUAUGCCUCCUUCCAGGGCAUCCCCAGCACAGAGUGGAGGAUCUGUACCAUAGUGACAGGCCUGGGCUGUGGCCUGCUCCUCCUUGUAGCUCUCACUGCCCUUAUGGGUUGCUGUGUGUCCGAUCUCAUCUCCAGGACAGUAGGAAGAGUGGCUGGAGGAAUACAGUUUCUUGGGGGCUUGUUGGUUGGUGCUGGCUGUGCCCUCUACCCCUUGGGCUGGGACAGUGAGGAAGUCCGGCAGACUUGUGGCUACAUCUCUGGCCAGUUUGACUUGGGAAAGUGUGAGAUCGGCUGGGCCUACUACUGCACCGGGGCAGGGGCGGCAGUCGCCAUGCUGUUGUGUACGUGGCUAGCUUGCUUCUCAGGCAAGAAGCAAAAGCACUACCCCUACUGAGACCAGGCCAUCAGGUGCAAGCGGAGGAGAGGACGGACCGCGGAGGAGGACUGAAGGGGGCCAAAGCAUCCAGCUACCUUCUCAAGGUGGAAUAGUGGUUCUCCCCCAGAACAAUGUUAAGAGAAUGGAAUUCGAUUGAAUCUGGAACGUUCUGUAGGAAGGGAGGGUGGUGGGGAAGUUGUCCAAAGCAUGGAGAAUAUGAGAUGAAGGAGGAAAGUGGACCAAAGGCUAAAAUCAUUGCUGGACGUUGCUGUUCCUAUUCCACAGAGUAUGUUAAUGUAUAUCAUAUACCCAGCAACCUAUAUAUGCAAACGAGGGUCUCAUUUUGUUCCCCUUCAAAAAGAUGAAGACUACAGGAGUCAAAAGGGCUAGUAAAAACAGUCUUAUCUUGGGAAGCAGGUUAGGUACCCUGCAGACAUUCCCUGUGGAUGAGGACUGAGCCUGGAAGCACAUAAGCACGUGCACACACAUGCACAGCUCAUAUGCCACAUGUCAUACGCACACA